GUGCAGGUAAGUAUGACAUGUUUGUUAUUUUAAGAAAAGAAAAAGCAAACCUUUACAAUCGGGCACCAUUCCGAGAGUAGAUUUUGUCUCAUUUGCAGACUUCCACCUGUAUAUUAUUCUGGUGGACUAGCUUGUACUAAUAGUAUCAUAUAAAAAGCUGGAUAGCAAGUCUUUGCUGCCUGCCAUUCAUUGACUAUGUGUGAAUGUAAACCAAAAGCAAUUGCGGCUAGAUUUUAUUGCAAGAUAAUUUAUCAAGGCAUCUAAAAAUAUCUCCAGUGAAGCCAGGGAGAAAUCCUGCAUAUAGUAGCGAGUUAAAUCAGGCGAUAGAGGCAGGGGGGUGCAAAUAUUCUUUUCUGUUUGGAGGAGGAACUGCUGCUUUAAAGGGAAAUAUUUGCACAUAGAAAGAGUGAGGCUUGGCCCUCCCCCAGCUGGAGUACAGUGACAGUGACAUCACAGCUGUUAAAGAAGGAGAGAUAGCUGAGAUAGCCGAGUAGCCUACCCUGGUGACAUUUCUUCACUGCACUAUUUUCCAGCUGUCGCACAGAAACCACAGGAGACUUGUGCGUUCCGAGCUCUGGACACUUCUCAGCUUUGCAUUACAACUCUCCCUGACAGUUUCCUCGUUAUCUCUCUAUCCGGCUCUUUACAUUUUUUAUACACCUUCUGCAAUCUACUAUUUUUAGAAACUCAUUUGUGGCUACUUUUUUUGCCCUGUUCUCCAAGGUAACGGAUACAGAUAUAGCUCUGAAGGCUUCAGACAAAUAGGGGCAUUAGACAUCCUAGUACUGCAGCACUGAUUUUACCAGCACAGCAAGGGAAAUCUUGCAGCCUUUUCUCUUGGCAUCUAACAGAUGCUUGGUUCCUAUAACUUAUCCGAUGCUAACGAUUGGAGGGGGUCACAUCGUUAAAAUGGAACGAUGAAGACAAAAAAGAUUUUGAAACAUGCACAUUUUAUUUCUGCCACGACAGAACUAUUAGAAGAACCAAGAAAAUUCUUUGCGGUCACUAUCUGAUGAUGGAAAUGUACUUUAAAGUGAGCUUUAAGGAGUGUUUUGCAUGGACCCCGGUUGACAGUGAGCACCCUGUACUGCAUCUCACAGUACAGUUGUGGUCAGGCUGUCAUUGAAAUACAAAGACGUGGAGAUGAGUUUGCCUUCAAACUGUGGGUUCCUGGCUCUUACGGACUGUGCAGGACGUAAGAUCUACAAAGGACACGUCUAUGGCUCGCCGUGUGCAGUUAACAGACCCAUCGAUAUUGUGACAAGGAAGAGGCGUUUUGAUGUCGAAAAUGGCUUGUCAUCAGGCAGAAGUCCCUUGGAGUCCCAAGCCAGUCCAGGGUCAGGUUUGGUUCUACAGGGUAACUUGCCCCACAGCCAGAGAAGAGAGUCUUUCCUAUACCGAUCAGACAGCGACUAUGAUCUUUCCCCUAAGGCAAUGUCCAGAAACUCCUCCAUUGCUAGCGACUUGCAUGGAGAAGACAUGAUAGUAACUCCAUUUGCACAGGUUCUGGCUAGUCUACGAACUGUGAGGAGCAACUUUGCAAUGUUAACUCAUCUUCAGGACAGAGUUACUAACAAGAGAUCAUCUAUCAAUAACCCACCCACAGCCUGUAAAACAAACUUAUCAGAGGAUGCCGUUCAGAAACUGGCCAUCGAAACUCUGGAAGAGUUGGAUUGGUGUCUGGACCAGCUGGAGACUUUGCAGACCAGACAUUCAGUUAGUGAGAUGGCUUCAAACAAGUUUAAGAGGAUGUUAAAUAGAGAACUGACGCACUUGUCUGAAACAAGCCGGUCGGGAAAUCAGGUGUCUGAAUAUAUAUCUAGUACCUUCUUAGAGAAACAGCAUGAACUGGAAAUUCCCUCUCCAACUACAAAGGAGAAGGAUAAGAAGAAGAGACCCAUGUCCCAAAUUAGUGGUGUGAAGAAGCUGACUCAUAGCUCCAGCUUGACUAUCUGCAGUAUUCCACGGUAUGGAGUAAAGACUGACCAGGAAGAACUCCUGUCAAAGGAAGUAGAAGAAGCUAAUAAAUGGGGUCUUGAUAUAUUUAAGGUAGCUGAAUAUUCUGGAAAUAGGCCUUUAACAGUCAUCAUGUAUGCAAUUUUCCAGGAAAGAGAUCUUCUGAAGACCUUCAGAAUUCCUUCGGAUACUUUCAUUACAUACAUGAUGACACUGGAGGAUCAUUACCACUCAGAUGUCGCUUACCAUAACAACAUCCAUGCAGCAGAUGUGGCACAGUCAACCCAUGUUCUCCUGUCUACCCCUGCUCUGGAGGCUGUAUUCACAGAUCUGGAAAUUAUGGCUGCCAUAUUUGCUAGUGCCAUUCAUGACGUGGAUCACCCAGGAGUGUCAAAUCAGUUUCUUAUCAAUACCAACUCCGAGUUGGCAUUGAUGUAUAAUGAUACCUCAGUUUUAGAAAAUCACCACUUGGCGGUAGGAUUUAAACUUCUUCAAGAAGAAAACUGUGACAUUUUUCAGAACCUGACUAAGAAGCAGCGCCAGACUUUACGGAAAAUGGUUAUUGACAUGGUACUGGCUACUGAUAUGUCUAAACACAUGAACUUAUUGGCUGACCUGAAGACGAUGGUGGAAACAAAGAAAGUGACUAGUUUGGGUGUCCUGUUACUGGAUAAUUACUCUGAUCGCAUACAGGUACUUCAGAACAUGGUGCACUGUGCAGACCUCAGCAAUCCCACCAAACCUUUAGAGUUGUAUCGUCAAUGGACAGAUCGGAUCAUUAUUGAAUUUUUCCAUCAAGGUGACAGAGAACGGGAAAAAGGAAUGGAAAUUAGUCCCAUGUGUGACAAGCACAAUGCUUCUGUUGAGAAAUCACAGGUGGGUUUCAUUGAUUACAUUGUGCAUCCUCUUUGGGAGACUUGGGCUGACUUGGUGCACCCUGAUGCUCAGGAAAUUCUGGAUACGUUAGAAGAUAACAGAGAGUGGUAUCAUAGCAUGAUCCCUCAGAGUCCAUCCCCGCCACCAGAUGAUCAAGACCCAGACAGGGGGAGCACCGCUGGAGACAAAUUCCAGUUUGAGUUGACACUGGAGGAGGAAGAGGAGUCUGACACUGAGCAGGAUGAUACAGAAAGUCCUGUUGAUGAGGAGAACAGUGACUCAAAGACCCAAAUAACAGAUGAAUCAGCCCUGGGAAGUGAUGAGGCUGACCAACCCUCUCCUCUAGAUAUGUGCAGGAUUGUCUAUAACAAAAUAGACCGCUUGGAACUCCCAUCCAAGAACACUCUGACCAAGCAGAAAAAAGUCUUGAACUUCGAUAACCUGAAAUUAGCAGAGGAUAGGACGCUACCACAAAAAGACACUAGCACCAGGAGGGCUGCUCCUUCUAAUACAGCCAAGCAGGAGACCACUGGCCAAGCAGAGGUCUGUUUGGACAAAGAAGGAAACAUCACAUAUCUUCCAUUAGGAACGUAAUGCCAAAUUGCCACACCACUUUUAUUUUUAUCCACGCACACUUUGCAUUUUACUUUUGUGGAGAAGAAGUAGACUUUUUUUUUUUUUUUUUUAAAGAACACAAGAAGCAGAACUAAUACUCUAAACAGAAGAAACAAAAUGUCACCAAAAUCAGUUAUUGCAUGGGAGAGCAUGGCGAAAUGUCAUUUUAUUUUUCAGGUUUUAUUUCCUUUUGUAUUUUUUUAUUUUUUUUUGGCAGGGAGGCAGUGACUUGUAAAGCCUUUUAUGGUAGAAUAGAAGGUAAAGGGAAACUAUAGCCAAACAUUUGCAGUAUUAAUAUUUGUAAGAGUUUACAUGCUAAAGCAGGCUUUUUCUACCUGUGGAACUCCAGCUGACAUUAAGCUAAUGAUCCUAGCAUGCUUUGCAGGCCAUGGAUGUUGUAGUUUUAUUGCACCUGAAGAGCCAGGGUUGCCUUAAAAGAGAAAUUGCAUGUACUGAGGACUACAAACAAAAGAACCAUAGGACUGUGUGUGUUACUGGUUACAUCUUUAUAAGAGUGUAACCAGAUUGUAAUUCGCCAUUUUAAGUUUUCGUUUUCCUGAAAUUGGUGAGAAACAGGUGGUGCCAAGAUGCAAAACAGGUUUCAGUCGCUUUUGUUUGAAGUUGCUUGGAACACUGAAUAUUGUGGGUGCUUGUUCUACCCACCGUGUUUGAUAUUGUGACAAUUCAUUUUAUUAUCCCAUACCCAUCAUUUUUGUUUCAGACAAUGCUAAAAAUGUCCGUUUUGAUUUGAGUGAGUGGAAUGUCUACUUUCUCCACACCCUAAAACUUAGACGCAUGUUAUGUCUGAAGGAUAUUUUUACAGGAAAUAGAUGAGCUGGCACUCUAAGGUUCCUACGAUCCAGGUUAGCUCCUUUUUUUUUUU